AUGCUGACGAAGCGUGUGGCGGCGCAAGCGCGCGCGUCCUACUCGACGGCCACGGGCGCCUCUGUGCCGCGCCGCCGAGCGGUCCUGCCGCGUCUGGUGGCGUAUGCGGCGGUCGGCGCGGCCGUGUUUUACGGUGGCUCCGUCGAGGCGUCUCGGCACAGCGAGGCGUACCGCGACUUUUUCACACAGAACGUGUACGGCGGCAAGGAGCUUGUGUCGUACUUUUCGCAGCAUGCGCUGAGUGAUAUUCCUGACGAUCUCAAGCGCAUAGAUGUGGACGAGCAGGUGUCGUGGGCCGCGCAGCAGGUGCGCGAUGGCUUCCAGCACCUGCGCCGCUAUGUCCAGUCGAACGAGCAUGUGCAGCACACGCGCGAAGAGGUCGAGAAGCGCACGGCCGAGCUUCAGCAGAAGCUGCAGGAGCAGCUGGAGGAGCUGCGCACCAAGGCAGAAAAAGAGUCGGCGCACCUUUACGAGCAGGCUCAGUCGGUGGCCGGCCGCUCGCUGUCGGACGCCCGCGAGCAUUUGGAGCACCUGACGCACGGGCGCACGGAGGAGGCUGAGCAGCGCGAGCCGACUGGCGCGAAGGAGCCGAGUCCCGCGGACGAGCCGACGAGCGCGCCGCUGUACGCCGAGCGCAAGCUGGUGGCCGACGGCCGCCCCACCGGCCGCCUGCGUGACGACCCUGAGGCGCCGCGCCUGCCGCAGCUGGCUGCGUCGCUGAAGAAGCAGAGCAGCAGCGAGCCUGUGAUUGCGCAGCUGGCUGGCACGAUCGAUGAGCUGGCCGCGUUCCUGCGUGACGCGCCGCAUGCGGGUGCGCUGGCGCGUGGUGUGCUGACGACGGCGCAGUCGGACCUGGAGAAGCUGUGCCAGCGCCUGGACGAUAUCAAGGCGAGCGAUGCGCAGAAGCUGGAUGCACAGCUUGAGAAGCAGGCGCAGGGCUUUGAGGCUGAGCUGAAGAAGGCGGCCGAGAAGGCGGCCUCGGAGCUGGGCCAGCGCGAUGCCGACUGGUCGAAGAAGGUGCAGGCGCUGCAGGACGAGCAGGCGCGGCAGUUCAAGACGCAUCUGGCGAAGGAACUGCAGGUGCAGAGCGAGAUUAUUGACGAGCGUCUGCGUGACGAGGUGAUUGCGCGUGGCAUUGAGCUGCAGCGCAAGUGGUCGAACGAGAUCAAGGCCAAGGUCGAGCAGGAGCGGGCGGGGCGUCUGGCGCGUCUCGACGAGCUGGCGAAGGAGCUGCAGGGCAUCGAGGGCAUGCUCUUUGCGAAUGCCGACACGCUGGACGACAGCUUCCAGCUCAACUCGCUGCACGCCGCGCUGCGCACGCUGCGCUCGGCGAUCGAUGGCGCUGGCGCGGCUGAUGCGUCGCCGUACGUGCGCCGCACGUUUGCGAACGAGCUCGCGACGCUGCGCUCCAAGGCGAAGAACAACGACGUGAUCGAGGCGGCGCUGCGGGCCGUCGAUGAGACGGGCGCCGCGUCCGAGGGCGUCGAGAGUGUGCCGACGCUGCACGAGUGGUUCCGUGCGCGUGUCGCGCCGCGCCUGACGCAGGUGGCGCUCCUGCCUGAGCAAGGCGCGGGCGUCCUGUCGUACGUGGCGAGCGUCGUGCUCAGCCCGCUGCUGCUCACGCGCCAGGGCCUCGUGCCGGGCUCGGACGUGAGCAGCAUUGUCGCGCGCGCCGAGUGGCUGCUCGACCACCGCGAUCUCGAUGCAGCGGCGCGGGAGCUGAACCAGCUGCGUGGCUGGGCCAAGCUGAUUGCGUCCGACUGGCUGCAUGCCGCGCGCCAGCGCCUCGAGGUCGAUCAGGCCCUGCACCUCGUGGAGCAAGAGGCGUCGUUCGCGUCGCUGCUGCAUACGUAG